AUUUAGGCUCUACAUUUAUAGAAAGGCUACAGGCCUUUGUGAUUUUUGUUCUAGUGAUCUUUUAUCUUUAUUUUAGAAAUAUGUUGAAACAGCUGGUGUUCGAAAUGCCGCCCGUUACCGUCUGUCCACGUUAUAAAGUUCCGUUCUGUUAAUUAUCGCAAGUGGUUUAAUUCUGAUACCGAAUAUACAUUGAUUUGGCUGCACUUUCUUAAUGGAAAAGCGAAAUCAUGCGCCGAGCAUCUUGACUUUGAAUAAUUGAUUGGGCUGAGCAAUUUAUUAGGAUUUUUUUGCAUUACGUUAUAGGGCACAUGGCAUGCCCGUUUGAUGGCAGGGGACAUGGGCAGCACGGAGCGCUGGUUUUCUCCCCGUUUGAGUAGUUGAGGAGCGCUCCAGAGACAGCUGUUGCGUAAUGGGAUUACUGGGCGCUUUCACCACAGGACCAGUCGCCGUGCUUCUGCAAGAGCGCGUGUGUUUUUUACCUCCAGAAAGACGAGCAUUUUGAAAGGAAAUCGGCGUACAUGUCGUGUGGUAUCUGGUUUCCUUUUUGUCAUUUUUGCGCCGGAAUACCCCGUAUGUUCUGGAUUUCCAUGAAAUAUACUUGGAAAAACUUGAAAAAAGAAAGAACGAAUUUACCAUGGUGAAUAAUGGGAGGAAAUUCACAACAUAACGUAAAUAUAUUUUCUUAAUUCCGAUUGUUUGUUUUUGUUAAAUUUUAUGAUUAUGGCAUACUUUCAUGAUGAGUGCCGUACAAACCUAUUUUUAUCCUCGAGUUGGUUGCUGGAUACAGUUUUUCUCUCUUGAUUUUCAAAAAAACGACGACUCUUUUUUCCCCCCUAAUUAUUUACUUUGUGAGUUUACACUCUGACCUUUAUCGAAUAUACUAUCCAUCACCCAUGGCUGUUGCAUCUUCCUGAGGGACUAGCGGAGUGGAUGCGUUUCUUACCCGCAAUUUCAUCUCCCAUAUACUUUAAUAUUCUUUAAUUGUGGUUGAACUUCGGCUGGACAAACCCCUUUCAAUUAUAACUGGAGACGAGAAUAAGAAACGAACGAUGUGCCGUUUCGUGUUAUCCAGUAGUCCCUGGGUUGUGGAAAUAAAGCAGGCGAAUCAAGAAAUCCCAUAAAAGAGGACCGUGCGAUCAACUGGGCAGCGUUUGGGGAGAUCGCUCACACUGCAAUUCAGUGCCGAUCAUCAGAAAUAGGGACGGUGCUUUCAAAGUGACCACAGAAAUAAGAGCCAAAGCCUGCUGCAUCCUGCAAUGCUCUGCCGCUGGGAUCACUGACAGCCCUGGCCCCUUCCAUGCAGCCUCCCGUAAUCCUGCUUUAGGUUGACUCAUGAGCUCCCCCUGCUGUUUUUUCAGGUAUUAAAGCACACUUAUCUGGACGGUUUGAUGGAGAUCUGGUCGAAUGACAGCUGGAACUGUUGUCAUAACUGGAGGAAUUCUUGCUACGGUGAUACUCCUGUGUAUCAUCGCCGUGCUCUGUUACUGUAGGCUUCAGUAUUACUGCUGUAAGAGAAAUGAGCUGGAGGGUGACUUGGGGCCCGGCGCCCAGCCACACUUCGCUUGUAAUGCGUGCAGCGCCCCUGGGCUGGACGGGAGCACCGUCACGCCGCUCUCCCUGUCACCGGACCCCACACCGCUCCGCGGCUACUGUCCCACAUGCUCGCCCUACGGCUCGCCCUUCUACAUCCGCGCAGCAGAGGAGACACCGAACGGCGGCGAGCUCAUCGCCUACAUGCCCACUCACUACGAGAACCCAUCGAUCUCCUUCGCCCUGCCUCCGGGCCGCAGGGUGGCAAUGAGCUCUCGGAACCCACGAGAAACAAACAGCCGCACCAUAAGCACCGACGUCUGACCAGUAGGUGCCGGAGCACCCAGUGGGUCCAGCUGCACGAUCCCGGUCCUCCCUGCUGGUUGCAGGCGCUGGAGUGCCAGCAGUGAACUUGGAUGUCUUUUUUCCUCAUUUUUUUUAUUUCAUUAGGAUUGAAACCCAUUCAAACACAUUGAAAACAAGAAAUCCUAGAAUAAUGGAUGAGGGCUAUUAAUACCGUAGUGACACCUGCUCCUAGUUUUGUCGUGUAUCUUAUCCACUGUAUAAACAAAAAUGAAGAUGAAUUUAUAUAUUUAGUUCUGUAAAUGAAAAAUAAAAAUCUGCAUUGUUUUUCAAUAUGAAAAAUACAGAGAGCCCGUUUUUAGGUAAAUAUUUUCACUCUGUAAAUUAAAAUGAGUGUUAAAAAAAUAAUGCAUUCUCUAUGCAAAUACUGCAGAAGUAGGCCUUUGUUCAACACAUACAAGGAGUGUUACGAUGAUAUUAUUUUUUACUGUUUUGCUCACGCUGUGAAGAGGCGAUGUGAGUAGGGCCUAUCUUCCUUUGCGAGUGAGGAAGACAGAAUUAGCUGGUCUUUUUGAAUCUACUCCAAAUAACUGAUUUGAAAUCAACUGCCCCCCCCAGUUCUAAUGUUAAUAAAUUAAUAAUAAUUGAACUAACAAAGGGUCACUUUUAAGAUGUUAUGCAUACAAAUACAUAUUUGAGGACUGAUUUUUUUCCCCGGGGGUGGAGCAGUUUGACAUGUUUCUGAAACAGACAUCAGUGUUGUGAAAAAGCAGUUUUACAUUUUUUAUAUCACAGUACUUGUUAGGCCUAUCUUUACCGAAAGAGAUGCAAAAACUUACGCGAGUGGAAGAUGACAAUUAGUAGGCCUACCUUACUUGUUUGUUUAUCUAAUCGACUCAGGUUGCUGCAUCUGUAGGCUAAUUUUCACGAAAUACUAAGGUAGCCAUUGCAUUUGAGAGAGUGAUCUUGGAAAGCAAUGUAACGUCCGUGCGUGGUUUAGCCAUCUGGGAUGAAUACCUUCAUAAAUCUUAUGUCACUGUUCAACAAUUGUUAUGUCUAUUGUCUUUUUAACACUUAUCACUCGUCUAUCUGAUCUUGUAAAAAAAAAAAAAAAAAGGAAUGUCUACAUUUAAAUAUUUAUCAAUAUUUAUUUU